AGCAUUGUCGAGGCCACGAUUGAAGAGCUCCAACAAGCUCUCAAGUCCGGUCAAACCAAUUCUGUCGAACUAACAGCGAAGCACCUCCUCCGCAUAGCAAAAUAUGACAGACGAAACCUCUACCUCAAUUCUACUCCAAUCAUCAAUCUCAAUGCUUUCGAGGAAGCACAAGCCAGCGAUGACCUUCGCGCUGGGGGACAAAUCCGAUCAGACCUCGAGGGCAUACCAUGUACGAUCAAAGACAGCUACAAAAUCAAAGGCAUGACCGUAGCUUCCGGAUCUCCUGCGUUUCAAAACUUGAUCGCCACCGAUGACUCCUUCGUGGUCUCACGAAUCAAGAGUAGCGGGGGAGUCAUCCUUGGAAAAACCAAUAUGCCGCCUAUGGCCGCAGGAGGCAUGCAAAGAGGUGUUUACGGAAGAGCCGAAAGUCCUUAUAAUGCGGACUAUUUAACAGCCGCCUUCGCUUCAGGAUCAUCAAACGGCUCAGCUACAGCCACCGCAGCGAGCUUCGGCCUCUUCGGCAUGGGCGAGGAGACCAUAUCUUCGGGUCGAUCUCCAGCUUCUUACAACGGUCUCGUGGCAUAUACUGGGUCUCGUGGUAUGAUUUCGAUUCGUGGAAAUUGGCCACUGUUCCCAAAUUGUGAUACUGUGGUGCCGCACACGAGGACUGUCAAGGAUAUGUUCUCCUUGUUGGAUGUGCUUGUUGCUCAUGAUGAUCAGAAGCAUUGUGAUUUUUGGAGAGAACAGCCGUUCGUACCGCUGCCGGAUCCUGAGGAUGUGAGGCCGACGAGUUUUCUUGAGCUUUGUGAUAAGGAGGCCUUGAGGGGAAAGGUGCUUGGUGUGCCAAAAAUGUACAUUGGUGGCGAUGAUCCUGCAGCACUUCCAGUGGCUCUGCGACCGAGCGUGAAAGAGUUGUGGGAGAAGGCUCGGAAGACGCUGGAAUCGCUCGGUGCCACAGUGGUAGAAACGGACUUCCCAAUUGUCACCAAUCUGGAGAAGCCCUCGAGUGGCGAGAAGCCCACGACGCCAUACUUCACACCUGCACACAAGAAUGAGAUCGACAUGGUCCAAAUGAUGGCCUACACUUGGGACGAUUUCUUGGUGGCCAACAAUGACAAGUCCUGCGUCACGACUCUUGCCGAUGUUGAUCCUGCUGAGAUCUUCCCGCCUCCUCCAGGAGCGCUACCAGAUCGCUAUGGCCCAGAUGACCCGCUCGUCAAAUGCUCUGCUCUAGUGGAUGCAGUUAAGGGCGGCCGAGUGAAGACAUUCGAUAUCCCGGAGCUCGGUCCCAAACUUCAAAGAAUCGAGGAAACCCGCAAGGUCGACUUCGAAGCUUGGCUCGAUGCAAAUAAGCUAGACGCAGUGGUGUUCCCAUGCCAAGGUGAUGUUGGAAAAGCCGACGCCGAUAAGAAUGAAGAAUCCGCGCGGGACGCUUGGAGAAAUGGUGUCUUGUAUUCUAAUGGCAACUGCGCUAUACGGCAAUUCGGCAUCCCUACUUUCAGCGUUCCGAUGGGGAAUAUGAGCGAUAUCGGCAUGCCAGUCAAUCUCACCUUUGCGACGAAAUCAUACCAUGAUCCUCAGAUCCUGAGAUAUGGUUACGCUUUUGAAACUGCUCAUCAGGGCCGGGUUGUGCCCCCUCGGACUUCAGCUCUGCCGACUGAUAAGCUAGGACCUGGUGCCGAGAUUUGUUCUGGUAGCAGGCCCCCGGUGCUCGAUGUGACGGCCAAGAAGGUCACAAUGGAAAAGAUUGAGCUCACGGGAGCUGCUACUGGAGGCUUGGAAUCUCUCACGAUCUACGUCGAUGGCAUUGAGGCAGCAUCCAUCGAGCCAACUGAAGAAUCAUGGAAAGUGCUCAUUGAUACUCAGCCGCAUGAGGAGGAGAAGGUUGAUGGCAAGAAAGUACCCGACAUUGCGUUGGCUAUGAUAGUCGUUCUAGCGACGGGAAAGACUGGUCGUUCGUCCGGAAAAUUGCUGUUCGCAUGA